AUGACCUCUUCAUACUGUCAGAGAAUAUCCUGCUCUCUUGUUAGAAGAUGGUGUGACUGCACUGCCUUCUUGGUGUGGAGGGUACAGAACCCAAAGCUGGUGUCAUGAGACACUGCCACCACCAUGGAGGGGAUUGUGACUAUGUAUCAGGACUUCAUGAAGAAAGCAGACCCCCGCAUCGCUGAUUAUCCACUGAUGCAGUCCCCAUUCCUUGUGAUGGGCAUCCUUCUGGGAUAUGUCUACUUUGUCCUAUCCUUGGGUCCCCGGCUAAUGGCCAACAGGAAGCCUUUAAACCUGAAGAAGUUCAUGGUGCUAUACAACUUCUUUCUGGUGGGACUCUCCCUUUACAUAGUCUAUGAGUUCCUGAUGGCAGGGUGGCUCACUGGGUACACCUGGCGAUGUGACCCUGUGGACUUCUCACAGGACCCCAAGGCCCUCAGGAUGGUCAGUGUUGCUUGGCUCUUUGUGUUCUCCAAGUUCAUUGAACUGACAGACACGGUGAUCUUUGUCCUGCGGAAGAAGAAUGAACAGGUCACAUUCCUGCAUCUUUUCCACCACUCUGUUCUGCCAUGGAGCUGGUGGUGGGGAGCGAAGUUUGGUCCAGGGGGAAUGGGCUCAUUCCAUGCCAUGAUCAAUUCCAUGGUGCAUGUUGUCAUGUAUUUCUACUAUGGGCUCUCAGCAGCAGGACCUGCCUUUCAGAAGUACCUGUGGUGGAAGAAGCACAUCACAGCCAUCCAGCUGGCACAGUUUGUGAUUGUCUCCGUCCACAUCUCCCAGUAUUACUUCAUGCCCAACUGCCAAUACCAGUUCCCCAUCUUCAUUCACCUUAUCUGGAUUUAUGGGACCAUCUUCUUCAUCCUCUUCUCCAACUUUUGGUACCAGUCCUACACCAAGGGCAAACGGUUGCCCAGGGUGGCUCAACAAGCAGCCCAGCACAACGGUAGCAGCAUCCAUGAAAAUGGCACUGUCACCAAUGGCAAGGUCAAAGCCAACUAGAGGGUAAAGUGCUCCCAGAGCCAAUGAGAGCCCCGGGGCAGAGGCAGCUGGGACCUGUCCCUCUGCUCCUGGGUGCCACUAGCCAAGUCAAGUGCCUACAGACUGUUGUACCCCUGUGCCCAGUCCUGCUGUCCCCUGUCUGCAUGCUCAGCCCCUCUGCUCUGAGCAGCCAUGGGCCUCUUCUGCUUCUGGGAGGGCUUGUGCUGUUUCUCAGUGUUGCUGAGCAGAGAGGCAGCUGCCUGCAUCACAGCUGUGGGGCUGCAGUCCCAUUCCAGUGUUUCCAAAGGAACUUUCCCCAAGUGCCUACAUCUGGCUCUUCUGCCUAGGGGCCAUUUCCUUCUGAGUAGGACCAAAAGAAGAGACCGCUUCCUGUCCUGGUGCCCUCUCCUCUUCCCUGACUCACAAGAGCUUGUGUGGAUGAGCAGAUUCAUCCCUGGCUGCUUGUUACUGCCAGCUCAUGUGUGAGUGCUCCUGCUCUACGAUGCCUUGUGCCACUUUGUUCUAUGCCACAGUGCUGCAUGUCCCUUCUGGUCCCUGUGUGCCCAGCUUGGGAGUCCUGCCCUGGCAUAUCUGUGCCCAGGUGUCUGUGGAGAACGUAGGGGCAGUACUUAUGGGACUUCAGGGCCCAGACCUGCCCAGUACAGUACCCAUGCCUGUGCCUAGUACAUAGCAGGGGCUGUGACAGCCUGAAAGGCUUCCCCCAUGUGAUAAACCCAGGUUGCCUUGCUGUUCUUGUGCCUGGGCUGGGUGCUCAAUGUGUGCUUAAGCCACACUUACCUGAUCCUCUAAGGCAGCUGGUGGCUCACUGCAGAGUGGGGGAGACCAAGCUCAGCCUACUUGGACCACUUCCAUUCCUGUAAAUUCAAGACCUGAGCAAUAAGUGCCCCUAAAAUCAGCUCCUGGGCUCUCCUGCUUGGGUCCAGCCCUGCUCUGGCCUAGCCUGAGCACAGUGGAGGGUGGUUUUAAGUGUGCUCGGCUGUGGUGCAAGAGUGAGCACCUCUUGCCUCUGUGGAUCUGACUGGGCCCGUGUGAAGAUGUGCUCUGCUCUUCAGCAGGGCAGUGCAGCUGCUCUUCCUGGCCUGGUGCCCGUCACCUGCUCUGAUUGUAACCAAAACAUGCUGAUGGCCUCGAGGACGAGGUGAAGAAGCCAGGCCCUGUCAGAUUGGGCUGCUCUUCUAUGACAAAUAAACAAACAGAAGGAGAAA